AUGUUAGAUAAUCGUGCAUCAUAUUUCAAUGUUUAAGGAAAUAAGGCAAGCAUGAAUUUGAAUGUUAAAUUGUUUUAAUCAAUGAAAUCAAAAGGGUAGUUAAUAAAAUCAAAAUCAAAAGAGCCAAUACGAGGACAAUUAAGAACUUUAAAGAAAUUGGAAGAUAAUAUUGAAGAACCACAAAUGUAAUAAAGAGCAUUAACAACAUAAAAGAAACUAGCACCUUUAAUAGAAGAGUCUUAAUAAAAGAAUGAAGAUCUAAAUCCAUUGCGAUAUAAUUUAAUUCAAUUAUUAGUUUUGAUGGGAAAAAAAGAAUAUUAUUUUGAUAAAAUAGUGAAAGAUGAUUUAAAAUUAAUAAGAGUAGUUUCUUUAUCAAAGGAGAACCCAGAGGAACAUCUAUAAAAAAUAAAAAAAUUUUUAAGCAAUAAAGUUCGUUAUAAGUAUAGAAGCACAUUUAAAAUGUUAUGUAUAAAAUAAUAAUAAUUUGAAAGUGUAAAUUUAACUUGAAUUAUUGAAAUACAGUCCAAAAAAGAAAUCAGUUGCAAUAAAAAAUAGUUAAAGAGAUUUUGAAUAGGAUGAAGAAGAUGAAACACCAAAAAAGAAAAAAAUAAGUGCUAGAGGAAUUUAAGAUUAUCCUACAUGGAAAAAAAAAAAUAAUGUAGCUUUAAAUUAAAAAGUAUUUAUAAUAACUAGUGGAUAUCAUGCAUUAAGAGAUGCAUUAUUAGAAAGAAAUUGGGCAGAAAAUGAUGAUGCAUAUAGUCCAUUUUUUGAUUUAAAAUGGACUUGUAGUUUAAGAAGUGAUGAUUUUAUGAAUUUGAUGGAAUUUCAAUAGAUUAAUCAUUUUGAUUGUAAUUAAUGUUUAUGUUCUAAAUAUGGAUUGGCUAGAAAUAUUAGAUGUAUAAAUAAUUGGGAAUCAUUCUUUCCAAGAUGUUAUGAUCUUGGAGAUUUAGUUGAUUUUUCAGAUUUCAUUGAAGAUUUUAAAAUAUCUAAAAUUCAUAGUAUAUUAUUGGAAUUUGAAUAAAGUUUAUCGAAUAAUAAUAAUUAAAAUAAAAUAAUUGUUGAACCAGAAGACGAUGACGAAUAUAAUAAUAAUAAUAAAGGAGAUGAAUAAUAAAAUAAUACAAUAAGACCAGAAUUAAAUUAUAAUAAUACUAUUAAGUUUGAAGAUCAAAAUAAUAAUACAUUAAGAAUAAAAGAAGAUAAAUAGUAAUCUUAUAAUAUUAAUUAAUUAACAUAUAGAUAGAGAUUCAGAAUAAGACUUUGUUUAGUUGUUAUGAAUAGAGUAAAUAAAUCUUUAAUUAAUAUGAUUAAAAGUAUUUUAAGAGAUGAAUAUCCAUUUAUUCAUCCUGGUGAAUGGAUAGUUCUAUUAAAAGAUCCAGAAAAACCUAAAGAAAUUUUAAUUUAAGAUUAUAUAGAAUAAUAACUAAAAUUAAAUGGAUAUGAAGAUUAUGAAGGAGUUUAAUUUUUAUAAAAAUAUGUUCCGUAAAUAAAAGAAUUACUUAAACAACUUAGUAAAAAUCCUUAGAAUUCUCUUUAAGGAACUAGAAAUAUUUGGAUUGUUAAGCCUGAAUAUUCUUCUAGAGGAAGAGGUAUUAGAUGUCUUGAUGAUUUAUAUCAAAUUUUGGAUAAUGUAAAUAAAGAAACUAUGAAUUAUGUUGCUAUGAAAUAUAUUGAGAAUCCUUUGAUUAUUAAAAAUCGUAAGUUUGAUAUUAGAUAAUGGAUAAUAGUAACAGAAUUAGUUCCUUUAAAAAUAUAUUUCUAUAAUGAAUGUUAUAUUAGAUUUUCAGCAGAAGAAUUUGAUAUUGAUUAGUUUCAUAAUAGAUUUGCUCAUCUUACUAACAAUGCUAUUGCCAAAUAUUCAUAAAAAUUCCAUAAAUCAGAAAUUAAAGGGAAUAUGUGGACAUAAGAUGAUUUUUAAUAAUAUUUAUUAGAAGAAUUUGGUUGGGAUGUUUUUGCUGAAAAAAUAUAACCUAAAUUUAAAGAAAUUGUUAUUAAUAGUCUAAAAUGUUGUAGUGAUUAAUUAAAAAAUAGAAAGCGUUCCUUUGAAGUUUAUGGAUACGAUUUUAUGAUUGAUGAUUAAUUUAAUUCUUGGUUAAUUGAAGUUAAUAUGUCACCUUCUAGUGAUACUACAACUCCAGUCACUGCAUAAAUCAUUCCUAAAAUGCUUGAAGACAUUGCUAAAGUUGUUGUCGAUAAUUAGAAUAAAACUAAAAAGAAAAUUGGUGGGUUCUAAUUAAUAUACAACAGUGAUACUAAAUUAUUAUGAUGAGG